GGGAGAGGCCCUGCCACCCCCAGCCACCCGUCUGCCCUGUCACUGGGCUCAUCCUGCCAUGCUGGAUGAGGAAGAUGAAGGCCCGCGCUCCCCCGCCUCCUGGAAAGCCUGCCCUUUCCAGUGUGCCGGCAGAGCCCAGGCUGCCCCGCGACCCGGCUGCUGGCUGCUGCCAGAACCUGACCCACCAGCAGGAGGCGCUGUGCAACAGCACCCUGGAUGUCACGGUGGUCCUGCCCAGCGGGCUGGAGAAGCAGAGUGUGGUGGAUGCGAGCCACGCGAUGAUGGAUCUGCUGGUGGAACUCUGCCUCGAGAACCACCUGAACCCUUCCCACCACGCGCUGGAGGUCCGGUCUUCAGAAACCCAACAGCCUCUGAGUUUUAAGCCAAAUACCUUGGUUGGGACCUUGAACGUGCACACGGUGUUUCUGAAGGAGAAAGUUCCAGAGGAGAAGGCGAAGCCCGGCCCCCGCAAGGUGCCUGAGAAGUCCGUGCGCCUGGUGGUGAACUACCUGCGCACGCAGAAGGCGGUGGUGCGCGUGAGCCCCGACGUGCCGCUGCGGAGCAUCCUGCCGCUCAUCUGCGCCAAGUGCGAGGUCAGCCCGGAGCACGUGGUCCUGCUGCGUGACGGUGCGGCCGGCGAGGAGCUGGAGCUGUCCAAGUCCCUCAGCGAGCUGGGGAUAAAGGAGCUGUACGCGUGGGACAACAGGAGAGAACCGCUUAGGAAAUCAUCCCUUGGCAACGAUGAGACAGAUAAAGAAAAGAAAAAAUUUCUGGGAUUUUUCAAAGUUAAUAAAAGAAGCAACAGUAAGGGCUGCCUGACCAUGCCCAACUCCCCGUCUGCACAUCCACGCUCCCUGAGUCUGGGGCCGUCCCUGUCCCUGGGCAACAUCUCAGGAGUUUCAGUGAAGUCGGAGCUGAAGAAGCGCCGGGCACCGCCUCCUCCAGGCUCAGGGCCGCUGGUCCAGGACAAGACCUCGGAAAAGAUGUCUCUGGGCUCACAGGCUGACUUGCAGAGGAAGAAGCGGCGGGCACCAGCACCUCCUCCAGCGCCGCAGCCACCACCGCCCAGCCCCACGGUCCCCAGCCGCAGAGAGGACAAGGAGGAGAACCGGAGGAGCACUGUGGUGUACUGCUGUGCCUCCUUCCCCGCCCACAAGCACCUGUGACAAGGCGCCUCCUGACCCAGCGCCCUCAGGCUCUGCUGUCCUGCCCAGAUGCUGCUGCCCCUCUCCACCUUUUGGGAUAAAAAGACUCAUUUCUACAACCAAAAUUUGUGUUCCUUGGAAUUUGCAUAUAAAUGCACACUUUGCAGA